UAUCAUGACGACGUCAUGACACAAGUGAUGCUUUCAUCCGUGCAGCUUCGCUGCAGGUCCGACCACGAUAAAGCCAUUCUCAGAGGAGCUCAUCUUCGUCUGGAAUCGGACUCCAGUCCGCCUUCCAUCGAACCUGUUCCUAUGAGAAGCUCUUCAAGCCCACUAACUGACUUAAACUCGCAACUAUCUCGCAAUUGCGGCCUCGGGGAACAUUUGUCUACCGGUCAGCGGACAAAUAUGCUCACUUGCCCAAUCUGCGCUUGCCAUAUGCAACGUAGUCUUUUUCUCGAACACGUCAAAUUUUGCGAAUCUAACAAUUAUUCACUAUCAUGUGCUGCCACUGUUUCCACUCCUCAAUCGACCACAAAAACCAUGAAAUUUGACCCAAACUAUUUAGGCGACCUGGCUCUGACUGGCCUGUUAGCUCUUGGUGCUGUCCUUAUGCUUAUUGUAUUUCAUCGAUAA